CGUCCCGCAGUUCAGCGUCCCGCAGUUCAGCGUCCCGCAGUACAGCGUCCCGCAGUUCAGCGUCAUGCCCACAACGGCCGAGCCGACAGGCGGAUACUGAGUAGAUGAUGAAAUGGCUAUACCCCCCGCGUCACCUCGUGCUCGAAGGCGCCGCUGUCUAAACUUUCUCUCAUAAAAACGCCCUCUCAUGUCGCUGUUCAUACAGACUUAACUCGGGGAAUACCACAACUUGCCAGAUCCUUGGGGGAUCUCUGUGCGCUCCAAGGUGUAUAACCACGAUCCUUCAGCGUAUCUGCCAGGCCAGAGUCUUCAUAUCUACACAUGGAGUCGUUUGAACCACCACAUGGUCUGCGUAUCCUCAUCACGCCUCGCCUGAACAUGGAAAAAUGGUGCGCAAACAAUUCGCCGGUUGGACUGGCAAAUGUUUCCUUGAUAGACAUUUUAGAUGUAUGCACUUUCGCAAGAUUAAUGUGAUUUUUCGCGCGCGUUAUCGAUACGCACGAACCUCCCACGCCCCCUUGCGCCGGGUCCAACCGCCAGGGUCGUCGUCGGACUAAAACAAACGGCGCCCAUCCCAUUUCCAUCUCGACCAAGCUGUCAAUUGUUUGCCGUUUCCCGGGCCUCCUGUCGCCACAACACGCCUCGAGCGACAAGCCAGGGAGACACGAACUUGUCUUCAACUUGGCUUUGGCUGUGCUUCUACAACGUUGUAGAAUCGGCUUGAAAGGGGGUAGAGCGGUUUGCUCGACGCCAACCUCGAGACGAAGACGGAACACCUGGUGCCUGCGCAACACAGUGAACAGCAAGCAAGGGGCGCAACGAGGGAUACAGAUCGAACACACAUACAUCGACACACAUACUCUUAUACUGAAACGGAAGAAGAGAACUACACGCUCACGACCAGGACCACACGACCCACCUCGAAACCUCCCACCCGCACAAACCACCGCGACGAUGCCGACACGUCUCACAUUUCCUCCACCACCACACGCAAUGAAACGCAAGCGCGACGACGCAGGUUCUCCACACAUCACAACAGGGGAGGGGAGGAGUAUACUCAAACCCCGCCUACUACGAGCCGGGAGCGUCAAACGAGUCCGCUGCGACGGGGGGAGCUGGCGACGGCGCGAGGGGGAUGAGGGGUGGGGAUUAUGGGACCAACAACGUGAUAUAUUGUCGGAGGACGGGAUGGGAGAUGGGAAGAGUGGAUGGGUGGGGGGGAACCAGGUGGCGAUAGAGGUGAAACUGGACUUAUCGCCCUGUGUGGUAUGUGCGCGCCGGCCGCGGGUGAAGGGGGACUUACUUGGGGGCGGGUUUGGGGCGUGUGAUGGGUGUGGGGGGAGGGUGUGCUGUGUUUGUGUUAGGCGGUGUGGUGGGAGUGGAAAGGAGGGUAGGGGUGAUGAGAUGGAGGAGAGUGGUGGGGAGAAAAAUGAAGAUGGGAGGGGGGAACGGGAAUGGGGAGGUGGCACGUCACAUUACGAGGUCGUUUGCAGUCGAUGUUGUGUUGAGAGGGGAGAGGAGGGGGAGGUGCGGUGUUUGGGGUGCCUGUGGAAGGAGGGGGAAUGA